AUGGUGCAUCGGCGGGCGGUGAAGGCCGUCGACGCGGCGCUGCGCGACGUGCGUGAGUCGGAGAGGCCGUUCGGUGGCCUCCUCACCGUUGUCACGGGCGACUGGCAGCAAAUCCUGCCGGUCAUCGGGGGCGGUGGCAAGUGCCACAUUGUCGACGCGUACCUCAAGUCGUCUCCCCUGUGGCAGCACGUGACGUGCCUCACGCUGCGCACCAAUAUGAGCGCGCAGCUGCAGGGGGACGCCGAGGCGGGCGAGUACGCCCGUUUUCUCUGCCGGCUGGGGUCCGGCCAGGUGCCCCGGUGCCCCUACACAGAGGACCAUGUUAAGCUGCUACCGGCGGAGCCGGAGCACGUGUACAGGAGCGUAGACAGUAUGUCCGACCCUGACGCGGUGCCGCUGGCCACCAAAAUUCGUAACGGCAUCGAGCUUUCUGGCAUGCCAGCACAUUGUAUCCGGCUUAAGGCCGGCGCUCCGGUCCCCAUGCGUAAUCUCGACGCACCCAGCUUGGUCAACGGCUCGCUGUGCGUGACGGUCGCUUUGUCCGCCAACGUCCUGAUUAUCACCGGUCCAGACCGCGGCCACGUGGUCGUUGCGCCGCGGAUUCCGAUCGAGUCUAUCCCGGACUCUGGCCUGGGGUUCUUAUUCCGACGCCUGCAGUUCCCCACGCCCCGCGACGCCGUCGUCGUCGGCCCCUGA